UUGUGGCGGGCCUUCAAAAUUUGCAGUCAUCAUAAAAUGGCCCACUGUUUAAGAAAAACAGUUUUGUUCAAAAUUCUGACUCCGACUUUUCGUGGAACUAUACGUAGCUUGCAGUUUUCGACCUCCGGAAGUGAGAAUGGCGACGACGAUAGCAGUAAGACAUUGCAAAAGAAACUCAACGACGUACACAGCUACGAACCGGUAGACGACCCGGAAUCACUCGUGAAGACCACAAUUAUCAAACGCAAUUCGAUCUUGCAACAACCAACGAAGACACCGGAAGAAAUGCUCGAGGAUGCCGCACAGGUUAUCGCAAAUCGUUCGGAACAGGAAACAGCAGAAGGCGAAUCUGUCUCCGUCGGGUACGAUAUUCUGCAGGAAUUGGAGGAGAGGCUGGAAGAAAUUCUUUCCAAUGAUGAAGAUAGAUCGAAACCGAGUUCACGGAGUGAUGAAGACGGAGAAAGCGAUUCGAAGAAUCCCGGAUAAAAGCAAGGACCAUCUCUGAAAAUCAGAAUAACAGGUUGAAUUAUUUUCAUUAAGAAAUAGAAUAAAUGAACAGUAUUUCAACUGAGUCUA